AUGGAGCCGGGACCCGACGCCGAGGAGGCGCGCACGGUGCGGGAGGCGCUGGGCCGCUACGAGGCGGCGCUGGAGGGCGCGGUGCGCGCGCUGCACGAGGACAUGCAGGGGCUGCAGCGCGGCGUGGAGCGGCGCGUGGCCGAGGCGCUGCGCCUAGCUGGCCCGCUGGCGCGCACCGUGGCCGACCUGCAGCGAGAUAACCAGCGGCUGCAGGCGCAGCUCGAGCGCCUGACGCGGCAGGUGGAGGCUCUGGGGACAGGGCCGUCCCCCGCGGCCGGCACUCCGGGCACGCCCAGCCCUCCGCCCGGGGUCCCGGGCCGCGCGCCCCGCCUGGGCACCGCGCGCUUCGCCAGCCACGCCACCUUCUCGCUGUCCGGCCGCAGACAGAGCCUGGACCACCAGGACGAAGCCGGCGAACCAGAGGCGCGGAGAGCCUCGGAAGUCAUAGAGAACGGGCACCAGCCAGGGGCAGGUCUGGGUGAUGGACCCCCGGAGACCGCCCAAACCUUCCCGGCAGCAGAGCCUCCGAAGCCGCGUCCUGUGAGCCUCUCCUUGCGGCUGCCCCACCAGCCCGUCACAGCCGUCACAAGGGUCUCGGAGAGGUUCUCCGGGGAGACCUCGGCCACGGCUCUCUCACCCACGUCUGCUGCCGUCCUGGGGGGGCCCAGCCUGAGCCCCAGUGAGCCCACCAUGGCCUGGACUCCCGGUCCCAGCGCAGAGAAGAGCCCUUGUGUCCCGCGGUCCGGUGCCGGCUAUGCGGCAGCACUGGCAGGCAGGGACGGCGACAGCCCACCCCUGGCAACGCCGCCCCGGUCGCCCCCAUCCCCCCCACCGCUGGCCACGGCCCAGGCCCGGCGCCGGGAGCUGGUGAGGUCGCAGACGCUGCCCCGCACGUCGGGGGCGCAGGCCCGGAAGGCCUUGUUUGAGAAGUGGGAGCAGGACACCGCAGGCAAGGGCAAAGGCGAGGCGCGGGCCAAGCUGAAGCGGUCCCAGAGCUUCGGGGUGGCCAGCGCCAGCAGCAUCAAGCAGCUCCUGCUGGAGUGGUGUCGCAAGAAGACGCUUGGCUACCAGCACGUGGACCUGCAGAACUUCUCCUCCAGCUGGAGCGACGGGAUGGCCUUCUGCGCCCUGGUGCACUCCUUCUUCCCUGACGCCUUUGACUACGGCGCCCUGAGCCCGGCGCAGCGGCAGAAGAACUUUGAGCUGGCCUUCACCAUGGCUGAGAACCUGGCCAACUGCGAGCGGCUCAUUGAGGUGGAGGACAUGAUGGUGAUGGGCCACAGGCCGGACCCCAUGUGUGUCUUCACCUACGUCCAGUCACUGUACAACCACCUGCGUCGCUUUGAAUGAAGCCCGCGGGGCCUGGCUGGCCAGGGCCGGCCCUGGGAGGAGACUGAGAGGCCGCCCGCGCUCCCCCAGCAGGGCGACCCCAGCGGUCUGGGUGAGAGCGUAGCUGUCCUGUGCCACGCAGCCGUCGACCCACUGUGCUGUUCGACACGGGCACUGUGCGGUGCGUGGGGUGCGGCCGGGGCCCCCCGGAAGAGGGAGGGCUACCAGAGUGCGAUUGGUGCUAAGUGAUGAUCUCCCUUCCAGUAAAAGGCUUGCCUGUGGGUUCUGGAAUGCGAGAUCGCUUCCCCGCAGGUGACUCUGAUAUGCUGGCUUCAUGGCGUUCCGCGGGUCGCCAGGUGUGUUUUAUGACCAUACCCAGAGCUCUCUCCGUCCCCACACUAGCGUAGCUUCCUUCCUCUGGGCCUCUGCCAGGAAGCCAGGGGGACGCUCUGCCAGCAUCCCGACACGAAGACCACGUCUUGGGAAGAAACCGUCUAAUCUCUCCCAGGUCCUGGGCAACAGAUGACCUUCAAGUCACCCUGGCUCUCUGGGGAGACGGGAAGGCUGUCGCCUGGUCCCAAGGCGCCCCAUCCUGCCCGGGAGGCCCCAUGAGCAUCUGGCUAAGAGUGCACUCUCAGGACCUUAAAGCUUUUAGAGGAGGACAAGGCCCUUUGCGCAGAGAGCUAGUUUUUACUCACAUUUUUUAGGGGAUUUGCUGCAGGUAUCUAUGGAAGUCACUGCACUUGUACCGCUGACUGUUUGUCCAUAAAACGAUGUGUCCAGCUUCA